AUGAGCAACAGAUAUCGCGAACGCAAGUUCAAUUCUUCCGACAAUGACCGUCUUGCACGUGCAUUAUCACAACCUGUACAAGCAUGGGAGAAGGCAUGGUCUCCUGUGUCCAAUGGCAAAGGUGUCAAGGUGUAUAAAUGGAUAAAGUCUGAGCGAUCUAUUGUGUUUGAGGAGGAGGAAGAUAAUGAAGAAGAUACAAUGUCUGGAGUAGAGAAGACUGAGCCACCACCAUCAAUGUCUGCAAUACUACAAAGCAAGGAGGAAGAGGAAGGUCGCUCAGCAACACCCAAAUUGGAUGAUCUUUCAGACACAGGAUCCGAACAACAGCUUAACGUGGACGCAGAUGAAAAUGAUGUCAACGACCCAUCCAAAAAUCCCGCAUCCAAUCCACACGUCCAUCCAAGGGAGGAAGAUGUUGAAAAUAGAAAUACUCAUGGAGCUUAA